AUGAUUUGUUCUGCCGAACAGGUACUCCAGAAUAGGAAGGAACUAGGUGCCAAGUUAGAUAAUCAGUCACGUAAACAUUCAGUCAAACCCUCUGUCGACUCAGACGAGGAUUUCGAGCAAGCACCUAAGUUUAAGAGUAAGAAGUUGAAACGUUCAGAUAUAGAUUUGCCUAAGUUUUCUGAUUAUGUAAAGAUUGAUCCAUCUAUUUCCAAACAUAGUCUAGAUUGUAUUAAGGAACUGUCUUCCUCUCGUCCCUCAUCCAAAUCAUCUGUACCACCCAACUCAUCUGUACCACCCAACUCAUCUCUCAACCCAAAUCAUCAGCUCAACCCAAAUCAUCAGCUCAACCCAAAUCAUCAGCUCAACCCAAAUCUUCAGCUCAACCAAAAUCAUCAGCUCAACCCAAAUCAUCAGUUCAACCCAAAUCAUCAACUCAACCCAAAUCAUCAGCUCAACCCAAAUCAUCUGUACCACCUAAAUCAUCAGUUCAACCCAAAUCAUCAGCCCAACCCAAGUCAUCAGUUCUACCCAAAUCAUCAGCUCAACCCAAAUCAUCAGUUCAACCCAAAUCAUCAGUUCAACCCAAAUCAUCAGUUCAACCCAAAUCAUCAGCUCAACCCAAAUCAUCAGUUCAACCCAAAUCAUCAGCUCAACCCAAAUCUUCAGCUCAACCAAAAUCAUCAGCUCAACCCAAAUCAUCAGUUCAACCCAAAUCAUCAACUCAACCCAAAUCAUCAGCUCAACCCAAAUCAUCUGUACCACCUAAAUCAUCAGUUCAACCCAAAUCAUCAGCUCUGGAUCAGAAAUGGAUCCUUCCCAGCCUACUAUCCUUACCCACAGCUUCACCUCUACCUUCCUCCAACCUUGCCUGGAAGUUCAUCCUACUACUGUGCUUAG